AUGGGGAAUGUUCCAGCUAAAGAAGGAAGAAGUAGGUCGGGUACCCAUUCGUCAGGAUCCUCGACGUUGAAUGCUGAUUCGCCAGGUGGUAGACCGGGGAGAAGAAAUACCGUAUCAAGUGUAUUUUCAACAAAUUUAAUUGAUAAUAAGAAAUCUAAAAGACAGGAAGAGAAGGAUAAACAGAAGGAAAUACACUAUUUAGAUUUAAUUGUUCGGUUUAAUGAAAAUGUUGAUGGCGGGUUUUUGGCCCCUUAUGGAACUUACAAGUCUAAUUUGGAUUACGAUACGGAGAUAGUCAGGAGAUUAAUAAUCAAUCGUCAGUUAGCACCAUUCUACACUCCAUUACAGGAUUUUGACGACCAUUGGUCUGAUGAAGAAUUGAUUAUUUUAUUAUCUCAGAUGAGUUUGCAUUCGAUAGAAACAGCAUAUUCGGAUACCGAGGAAGACGACAUGGAUGAUCAUAAAAUCCAUAAGUCAAGUAAUUUUUUCAGAAGACAAGAGCAGAAAGCGAAAUUGAUAUCGUUGAUAACUAGGAUCAAAGACAUGCAGAAGGCUGAAGAAAAUAGAUUUUUGGAAGAAAAAUUAAAAGCUAAAAAUGGGGAAGUAGCGGUGUCGCCGGAUAUACCAUCGAAGGAUUUGUUGUUGAAACUAUAUCGCAAAGCUUCUGAAUGUCCAAUUUGCUUUUUGUAUUAUCCACCACAUCUUAAUUUAAGUCGUUGUUGUCUCCAACCCAUCUGUACAGAAUGUUUUGUUCAGAUUAAGAGAUUAGAUCCGCAUCCACCUCACGAUGACAGUUCAAACGAACCAGGGUCGGAUGCUUUACCGCAUACUUUGAUUUCGGAAUCGGCAAAUUGUCCAUAUUGUGCAAUGCCUGAUUUCGGAGUUACAUAUAAUAUUCCCACUGAUAUAUGUACUGGCAUUAACGGAAAUAAACCGAACUCCUAUACUCUUCCUUUUGAAAGCAUUCCGGAAGAUACUAAUGCCAUCUCUACGUCUCCAGGGGGGAACAAGAAUAAUGACUUACCAGCUGUUAAGCCUGCUAAACAAAGAAGAAGGUCUUCUGUUGCUGCGGAUUCCUCGGGUGUAAUAACGAUAGAUAUGAUUAGGCCUGACUGGGAACAAAAAUUAGUGUCAGCAAGAAACAAAUUAGCUAGAAAAUCUGCGACUGCAAGUGCUAUACAUGCAUCAAACUUAUUAAUCAAUCAAGAUGAAGAAAAUAAUUCAUCAAGAAGAUAUUCGUCUGGAGAAAAUGGAAGAAGAUCUAGUACUUCUCAUUAUAGGUCGGUAGAAGAAAGAAUGAUUGAGGAAGCGUUAAGGUUAUCGAUUCAAGAUGAAGAGGAAAGAAAAAGGAAAGCAGAGUUAGAUGCGCAAAAGAAGAAACUGGAGAGCAAAUAA